AUGGUUGGCCUGAAUGGACAGGGUGUGGAGGUGUCGUCACUGUUGUUGGUUACGAAGAGUAUCAGUUUGAGGGGCUCGUUUGGCGCGUCGAAAGAGGAGUUGAUGGAGGUAUUGAAGUUAAUCAGCUCUGCAAAGCUCGUGCCGAAGUUGAGAGAGAUUCCCUUUUGGGAUGUACCAAAGGGUUUGGAGGAUAUAAAGAAGAACAAGGUUGAGGGCCAGGACAGAAACUAA